AUGGUAGCAAAAAAACGUCGUGUAGCAGUUUUGCAUCUUGAUCUUGGUAUUGGGGGAGGAGAACAACUGACUGUUCUAUCUAGUCUAGCACUGUCUAGAAUGCCAGGUAAAGGGUGUGAGAAAGACCCAAAUGUAGACCUCACAAUAUAUACAACGAGGCAUGAUCCAUCUUAUGCUUUUAAACCAACGGUUGAUGGAUCUCUUAAUGUGAAGGUUUGCGGAAAUUUUAUUCCAUCGUCAAUAUUUGGAGUUGGGAUUGCCUUCUGUUCUAGUAUACGAAUGAUCUAUUUGUGCCUCUAUCUUCUUUUCUCUGCCUUCUUAGACUGCAAAAGUUUAAGUUCACUUUCUAAUUACUAUGAUGUAAUAUAUAAUGAUCAAGUUAGUAUGGUAAAUCCUUUAUUAAAGUUAAUGACACAUAAAUUGAUAUUUUACUGUCAUUUUCCCGAUAAGCUACUUUCCCAUCGUACUUAUAGUGGUAUAUCGAAGUUAUAUAGAGAUACAUUUAAUUAUUUAGAAGAAUUUGGGAUGAAGUAUGCUGAUUUAGUAUUUGUAAACUCAAUUUUCACUAGACAAGCAUAUAUGGGAUGCUUCCCAUCGUUUGAAGAAUCAAAACAUUUACCACCAACUGUGAGAUAUCCUGAAGUUUUGUAUCCUCCUGUUGACCUAGAACAAAUACCACCAAAAGAAGAGUCAAUAGAAUGUUUGAAAAAAGCUAAUAUUCCAAUUAUAUCCGAAGAUCUUGAAGUUCCAGUCUUUAUCUCAAUAAAUCGUUAUGCACGCAGUAAAAAUUUAACUCUAGCUUUACGUGCAUUUGAAGUACUUGGGAAAAAAUAUGAAAUAGAAGAUAAUACCUGUUUGAUAAUGUCUGGAGGUUAUGACAAGUACUUGAGAGAAAAUAUUGAACACUUUGAUGAGUUAGUGUCUGAGGCGAAGUCGCUUGAUUUAACAACUUUUAUAGAUUCAAAGAAAAUAUAUGAGUCAACCAAUAAGAAUUCAACUCAAGUUGUAAUCUUUUUAAGGAAUAUUGGUGAUGAUUUCAGAUGGUCCUUACUUCGUCGUUGUUGUGGAACAAUUUAUACACCAGAAAAUGAACAUUUCGGUAUUGUUCCUUGCGAAUCAAUGUCUGUAGGAACCCCAGUAAUUGCUAGCGAUACUGGAGGUCCAAUGGAAUCUAUUGUAAAUGAGGUAACGGGAUAUUUAUGCAGUCAUAAUGCCUCUGAAUUUGCCUCUGCUAUGAACAAUUUAUUGGAAAUUAGGAGAGAUCCAAAAAAGAAGAAAGUCUGGGAAUAUGCCUGUGAAGAAAGAGUUAAGUCUUUAUUUAGCUUUGAGAUGUUCUCAAAGAAAUUAAGGUCUUUUGCUUUUACUAGUUCUAAUAAAGACAAUAAAAUGAUUGAACUGAUAAGUGGAGAAGUGGUAGCACCAAAGAAGAGAAAAGGAAAGAAUCCUCAUUCAAGUUGA